AUAUUGAAUAAAAACUAGUAUUUUAUUAUAUAUAUAACUAUGUGCAAGCUUCGGCUUUUUGCACACAUACAACUAAGCACAGCGAGGCGCUUGACUUAGGUCAUUUUAGGCUAACUACAUAAAAGUCUACUUUGUAACGGAAGCUGCGUCUUUUUCUCUAUUUCUAAAAAAAAAAUAGCCGUCGGAAUUAACGUCCGUUUUCCAAAGUGAAUACAGUACCCACACUUGUAAACACGUCGCUCUCUUCAAUACAAGGAAGUGUAACUCACCGUAAAACUCCCCGGAUGAGCUAAAGGCCUGACGGACCAAUCACGCAGCUCCUGCGGCUAAAGUUAGCUCCAGACGCUAAGCGCGUGGACUACUUUUCUCUCAAAAUUUCCUGAUAAUCAACAACAGCAACGAGAUGUUUGGGUCGUCGAGAUCCGGAGGCAUACGAGGGGGACAGGACCAGUUUAACUGGGAUGACGUGAAAGUCGAUAAACACAGAGAAAAUUAUCUCGGAAACUCCUUGAUGGCACCAGUAGGUCGGUGGCAGAAGGGCAAAGAUUUAACGUGGUAUUCAAAAGACAAAAAAACUGGCAAAACUUUGUCCAAGGAGGACGAACUUGCUGCUGUGAGAGCAGCGGAAGAGGAGGCGUUGAUGGCUGCCCUAGGGCACAAGAAUAUAAAGAGACAGCCAACUGGCCUUACUAAAGAAGACCUGGUAGAGGUUUGCAGGAGGGAAGAGGCUGACGGCGAGGAGAGGAACGUGGAUCGUAUAUCAGGUUUAGGAAGCUCCAGCGCUGGGUCACGAAAACUGGUGCUGACCCAAAAAGAAAAGGAGGCGGCUAAGAUGGGCCUACCAGUUUUUACACAUCACAAGACUGAAGGUCGUCCAGAAACAUCAGCAGCAAAAACAUCUCCGAGUGCUGCAAAACAAGAGCUGGAACAAAAGCCUGAGAGCAAAAAGAAAAAGAAGGACAAAAAGAGCAAGAAGGAGAAGAAGAAAGAAAAGAAGAAGAAAAGGCAAAGAAGAGAUUCGUCCUCAUCAGACUCGGAUGAUAACAGGAAGAGACACAAAAAGGACCACCAUCAUCAUAAUCCAUCAUACCAUAGUCAGAGUGGAGCCAGACCCCAUGACAGCCAUUCAAGGGGGGGAGAAAAGAACGAGCGACAGCCUUCCCACCCCCAUCAUCGACAUCAGCGGCGUGACACAGACUCCUCUGACGGGGGGUCCCCUGCCCGCAGCAACCCUGCCAUCCACAAGAAGGCCCCUGCUGGUGCCACACAAAGCCACAGGCGGCGCCACGACACAGACUCGGACGACUAAAUGUCCUGCUCCCCCAUCCAAUCAAAGACACAUAAUGCAGACAGAGCACUCCACAGCAGCUUGACUGGCCACGAGGGCCUCCGGUACUCCAGACAGGAUGGAAACUAGUUAGUGCAAUACGUUUGAGCCUUUUGUAUUAACUAAUUCUCUCAAUACGCUGGCCAUGAGGUGGUGGUGGUGACGCAGGUGUAUUUUUGGGGGGGUUGUAUAUGACCAGCUUUUGAAGCUGUUAAGCAUCACAUGGUUAGAAACAACGUUUUUUAUUGUAUUAAACAUAAUUUGGAAGCUGAAGAAUUAUCUUUUUUUUUUUUUUCCCAGUCAUCAGCCCGAGCUCUUGUGGUUUUUACUGAGCUCAAAACUUUUAUACUAACACAACUGUUGUUGCAAUCAGGACAUUUAUUUGGAGAGUUUUGACAUUUUCAUGCCUUUUCAGUUGCUUUGAAUUUUCCUUUAAUUGUUUUGAAAACCCACAAAAAUGCUGUUUUGAUGCAUUUUUGUUUUUGCCCUUGAACAUAUCCUCCACCCCCCUGCAUUGCUUGGA